GAGGGGGUAAAGAUAGCAUAAGAAGAUAACGUUCUAGUCGAGAAUGCUAUCUUUGACAUAACUAAUUUAAGAUAGCGUUUUUUUACUUUGAUGCUAUAAAAAGCCGCAUAUAUAAUAUCAUUGUACAUUAAAACGCUAUCUUUACUGAGGCGAAAAAUGAUUGAUUUUCCCUCUUACUCUCAUUUCACUUCCCCCCUCAUUUUAUUCUUUAAAUAUUUACAUACAAAAAAAAGAAAAUUUUACAUUGGUUGAAAGGUAAUACACAAGGAUUGCAAUCUCUACCCUUAAUUGUUUUUAAUCCAAAGGUGGAUAUUGUGUUUUAAUUUGUCCUCUCCUUUUGACUUCUGAAACACGGCGACAGAGAGAAGUGAGAUGAGACAGAGAGAGAUGAGAGAUGAGAGAUUGCAAGGGAAGAAGACAGAGACCGGCCUGAGUUCGUCGCCUUUGUCACCGUCUGAGUUCGUCGCCGUCGACCUGUCUCUACUCCUCGUCACUUUGUUCUUCCGGAAUCUGUACUCCUCUUGAGAACGCCCCUCUCUCCUCUGCAGCCGAAUCCGAAACCAACACUCGUCUCACUCUCAAUCUCCUCUCAUGUCAGCUCCUUAGGUCUGGUGCUUCCUCUUCAAAGAACAGAUGAAAUCCACAUCCCAAACCCAUCUUGGAUGCAAUCUCCUUCCUACGAAGAGGCUUGGAACGAGCCACAUAUAUGAUGAAAGUUGCUUUUGGAGGUGUGGAUUUUGUGAGUCAGCCACCACGUCAACCUGACCGUAGCAAUGAGCAGACAGGAACCUCAAAUGCUCUUGCAUUCCCAGGUUCUAAGAGUACCCAAAAGGGUGUGACAGAAUGCUCUUGUUGUUGGUCCAACUUUACAUCCAAAGGGCUUCUGUGUGCUAAGAGACAGAAAAUGUUGGAAGACAUGGAAAAAGACUUUGAAGGUGGACAAGAGGCAGAUAAGUUUAAUGGAGGAGGAGGUAGCAAAAGCAGUGGAUCAUUAGACAUUAGGUUUAGAUUGGAAAAAGUCCAAGCUCCUCUGUGUGAUUGGAAGACGGCGACGUUGGAGUACUCGUUGUGACGGCGUCGGUCGUGGUGUGGUGCGGCGCUAGAAGAUAGAACUUUAGGUAUAGAAUUUUAGGUGUAGGCUUAAUAUUUUUGAAAAAAUUGGUUUAGUUUUGUUUAGUUAUACUGGUCAUAAAUAUGUAACCAAUUUCAAUAUAUAAAAAAAUUUAAAAAAAAUUAUUUGUAUUUUUUUUUUAAUUUUUUAAUAAUGAUAUAAUAACAAUUAUUAUCUGCUA